AUGACGUGUCCAUUAUUACAGGUUUUUUUCUUUUUUCUGACCACUCAUUACGCUUUUGUAAUUCAAAAACCCCGCGUUAAACCUUUAUUUUCACUCAACAAAUCUGAUGUAGCUGUCCACUUCGAAGGAACAUUGCCAAAAGUUGAGUUCAUUCGCAUUUCACAGGUAAAUAAAUUUUGUAACACAUCAGAUUCUUUCGAUGCUUAUUGCAGAGAGCGAAAUAUAUCUCGACUUUGUCCUGAAAUACCUCCUAACCUGGCAGGCAAAGUGCAGUUAAUCAAAGAAGCAACUCAUUCUUUGGAAAGUUUAUUUGAAGAAUGUGAAAAUUCUAGUCUUCAAAAGGGCGGACGUUACCAGCCAAAUGAAUGUCAUGCGCGCCAUCUGGUCGCUAUUAUUGUGCCAUAUAGAGAUCGUUUCGAACAUCUGAACAUUUUUUUGAGAAAUAUUCAUCCCUUCUUACAAAAACAACAGUUGGAUUACACAAUUUUUAUUGUGGAACAAGCAGGUGAUGGUCCUUUCAAUCGUGGAAUGUUGAUGAAUGUGGGAUUUUUCGAGGCAAUGAAAAUUCGUCCUUUCCACUGUUUUAUUUUUCACGAUGUGGAUUUACUGCCCGAAGAUGACAGAAAUUUAUACACAUGCUCGGAGUCACCUCGCCAUAUGUCGGUUGAAAUUGACGUGUUCGAAUACAAGUUACCGUAUACUGAUUUGUUUGGCGGAGUUUCAGCCAUGUCUGCUGAGCAUUUUCUAGCAGUAAACGGCUUCAGUAAUGUGUUUUGGGGAUGGGGUUCAGAAGACGAUGACAUGUUCAUGCGUAUAAACAUGAGCGGUUUGCAUGUAUCAAGGUAUCCAAAUAAUAUUGCUCGAUAUAGCAUGUUGGCCCACGUAAAGCAAGAAGAAAAUCCUGAAAGAUAUGAAAAAUUAAACUAUGGGCGUAAACGUUUCAAAACCGAAGGAUUAAACAGCAUAGAGUAUAAAAGGUUGGCUCUUCGCUCGUGUAAAUUUUUCACAUGGAUUUUUGUUGAGCUCGCUCGACUUUCAUGA